AUGGCCAUCCAACGGAACAAACGGAGGCGUCCGCAGCCUGCCGUGUCUUCCCCAGAUGAUGCUGGGUCGAUCUCCUCCGAUGACGAGGAGAACUUGCCGGCCCCUCCUAGUGAAGACGAUGAGGACGACUUCUUCGCACAAGAGACCCCUGACGAGAAGAGGGUUCGCCUCGCGAAGGCGUACCUAGCCGAAUUGGAUGCAGCCCGUGGUAGUAAACCCGAGGAUCAUGCUGCUGCUGUUGAUGCAGAACCAAGUGCCUCGAUGGAUGAGGAGGAUGAUAUCGAUAGGAUGCUAAAUGAGGAACUGAAAGUAAAGUCAAAGAGACAGCGGUAUAAGAUAGCCGAGUCCCUUGCGGUCAAGGAGGGCAGUAUUACCUUUGCGAAGGGCCACAAAUGCUCACCUACGUGUGUCGCUAUGAAUGCAUCUGAGGACAGGGCCUAUUCGGGUGGGAUGGACUGUGCUAUCAUCCAGUGGGACCUGGCUACUAUGAAGAAAAUCGUCGUAUACCCGGGCAACAGGAACGAUUUCAAGUGCGGUGGACAUUUCCAGAAGGUUACUUCGGUUUGCACUGGUGAUGCGGUCGGACAUCCAGAGCUACUGUGCUCGGUCAGUGACGACAAGACAUUGCUUUUGUGGGACGUUAGAGCGCCUAAUAAAGGAAGCGUCCAGCGCCUUCUUGGUCAUCAAAGCGGUAUAGCAUCGGUGGUAUGUGCAGAGGCAUCGCCUCAGGCCGCAGGGGAGGGGAUGGGAGGUGCACAGACGAGCUACUCGGGGAGCAAGAUAUUCACUCUGGGAGGGAAGGAUAAGGCGUUGAAAAUCUGGCAUCUGGACUCUGUUUUCUCGGGCCGAUACGUGGACAGUCAAUACGGUCAUACCAACAGCGGCACAUGUAUGGACAUACUGCAAGGGGACAGGCCCGUGACUGGUGGAGCUGAUAGCACAGUGCGGUACUGGAAAGUCGCCAACGAUACGCAUAUGCUUUUCAACGUACAUAAAAAGGAAGGGUAUGGAUCAGUUGAUGCUGUAUCACUGUUGGAUCCAGAGCAUAUCCUGGCUGGUGGACAGGAUGGAGGUCUCACAUUGUGGGCUACUAAUAGUCGAAGACCGGUCGCUAGUGUGGAGGCAGCACAUGGUGCUAAGCAACUACUGAAGGGAAGAGAGGAUGCCGCUGACGGCGAUGAAAGCGAUGAUGAAGAGGACUUCGACUUCACCAAGGCAGCGACAGUGCAGCAGCAGCAACAGCAGUCUACUAUUGCUUCGGAUGGCAAGGCGGUGGAUCGAUCAGUGGCAGCACCUUGGAUUUCCUCACUAGCGUCUAUAAGAUGCAGUGAUGUUGCCUUCUCUGGCUCCAACGAUGGCCUUAUUAAUGUCUGGAGAACCAGCGCGGCUACGAAGGGCAAGAUGAACUUGGACUUGGAUAGAAGGAUCAAGCUGCCUAUCAAGGGAGGGUGGAUCAAUCAGAUGGCAGUCGGCAGCACUGGAAGAGUCCUAGUAGCAGCAAUUGGGCGGAAUCAUCGUCUUGGUCGAUGGGACACCAAGCCGGGUCGGGACGGCCUUGCUAUUGUUAGACUAGAGCACGAUGGUCCCAGUCAUACUGUGUGAUGAUGGGAGAGGUAUAGGGAUGUCUGCUGCUCACCAACGUAUUGUUCCUCGAACGUCUAUGAUGUAUUCAACAUUUACCACU